AAUUUAAGCUAAAAAGACUCCAUGCGGUGAACUGCGACAAAAUGGUGCGGUGGAUGACCAAUGAGGAAUCAGGCGCAAAUUGAAACCAAUUGGAGCCAGCCAUAAACGUAGGAGGAUUAGAGCGAUUGCCGGGUUUUUGAGGCUAUAACCUAAGUGUCUACUCCGUUUCUCCGCAUCUUGUUCACGAUUUGAUUCAUUUGAUUGCUGUCCAGUCGUGGAUGAUGUCUAUUCUUGCCUGCGUGAAAUAAACCAAAAAAAUUGCGAGCGCUACAAAAGACAAUCUAAUUGAUCAAGGAUGUUCAAUCAGAGUAACUCACUGAGGACGGCAACGUCAAACACAUCGAAUCCGAUGCAGGACUUCGAGGUUGUCUCGCCGCCGGACGACUCUGUCUCCAGCCUGGCAUUCAGUCCGGCAUCCAUACCACAGAAUUUCUUGGUUGCCGGCUCCUGGGACUGCAACGUGCGAUGCUGGGAGGUAGAGCAAUCAGGCAAAACGGUCCCGAAAUCGAUGCAGAGUAUGGCAGCUCCAGUCUUGGAUGUGUGCUGGAGCGACGAUGGAACUAAAGUAUUUAUGGUGGGUUGCGACAAGACAGCAAAGUGUUGGGACCUGGCUACAAAUCAGAGUGUACAAGUGGCAGCUCAUGACGCACCUAUUAAAACAUGUCAUUGGAUAAAGGCGUCUACAUAUUCUUGUUUAAUGACUGGUUCCUGGGAUAAGACACUAAGGUUUUGGGAUCUGCGCAAUCCUAAACCUGCAAUGACUAUUAAUUUGCCUGAAAGAUGCUACUGUGCAGAUGUUGAUUAUCCUAUGGCAGUUGUGGGAACAGCUGGACGCGGUUUAAUAGUGUAUCAACUGGAGGGCAGUCCGCGCGAAUACAAACCUGUUGAAUUAAGCCUGAAAUAUCAGUAUCGUUGCGUGGCGAUCUUUAGGGACAAGAAAAAAGUACCAACUGGUUUUGCGAUAGGAAGCACGGAAGGACGCGUAGCGAUUCAUCAUCUGAAUCUGAGUACAAAGGAAAACUUCACGUUUAAGUGCCACAGAAUUAACGGCACACCUAACGGAUACCAAGACAUCUACGCGGUGAACGACAUAGCAUUUCAUCCUGUACAUGGAACAGUAGCGACCGUAGGCGGCGAUGGUUCGUUCGGAUUUUGGGACAAAGACGCACGUACCAAGCUGAAAUCCUCUGAAUUGAUGGAACAACCUAUUACUCGCUGCUGUUUCAAUCAUAAUGGGCAGAUAUUCGCUUAUGCUGUUUCUUACGAUUGGUCCAAGGGCCAUGAAUAUUAUAGUCCUGCGAAAAAAAAUCAGAUCUUCCUGAGACCAUGCUACGACGAACUGAAGCCAAAGGCUACGCCCUAAACUAGUGACGCUGAAGUAAAAACGAAUCCAUGAAUGAAUCCAUACAUAAUUACGAGAAUUCACAUAAUUUUGUUCGAUACAGUCAUACUAUCGUGAAUUCGUACUAUCAACACCUUUUCUUUUUUACUUAAAACUGUUGAUGCGUGUAAUAUAAGAUACAAUUAAUACAUAGCUUUGUCAGUUUUUUGUAUAUAUAGGAUUGGUACUAUGAAACAUAUUUUUUUGUAAUGUCA